GCGGGCGGCGGCGGUGGCGGUGGCGGCAAUUGACUGCACGGAGUUCACUAGCGCCGAGAGGAUUUUGGCUCGUUGAUCCCUGAAGCCAAACUUGGAAGGUGAACCGAAAGUUCAAAUCGUUUCAACUGAUUUUGUCUCUUUCAAUUGACAGGCGUCAUUGAAUUGAAUGCACGCGCAUAAGCAGUCGGGCCUUCGCAUGCAUUACCUCCAUAGCCUCCAUUAAUGGGAGAAUUUUUGCUUUCAUCUCUUCCAACGUCAAAAAAUGAGCAAUGUUGGCGAAACAAUGGCGUUGGCUGUGUGCAGCGACAAGAACAUGGGAUCGGGGAUUACGAUUUGGGAUCCAAAAACAGGCGAAACUCUCCUUCACAUUCCGACUUGCGCUUCGCCUUCUUAUGGUUUAAUUUCCUUGAGAAACGAGUUCCUUGUUGCUUCUCAGACUCGUAAGGAAGGGUCCGUUGGUGGUGGAUCCAUGUUCGUUUGGUCCCUGAGCAAGCCUCAGUCCCCUCUUAGGAGCUAUCCAUUGGAGCCUAUUGGACCACUUGCUUCAACAAAGGACGGUGCAUAUCUUGCAGGCGGAGCUCAUUCCGGUAAUAUUCAUCUCUGGGAGGUUGGUAGUGGUAAAUUGCUUAAGCUUUGGAGUGGGCAUCAUAAGCCCAUAAAAUUCAUCCUGUUUUCUUGGGAUGAUUCGUUUCUCAUUACUGGUUCGGCCGAUGGAAUGAUUUGUGUCUGGUCCAUGAUUAGUUUGCUGGAUGUGGAACUUGUGGGAAGCGCACAGCCAAUAUUAUACUGUCUCAUGGAACAUAAGUCGUCUUUAACUGGUCUAAUUACUAUGUCUGGCUACUCGAUGUCGAUGAUCAUUUCGAGCUCCCUCGAUGGCAGUUUAAAGUUUUGGGAUUUAAUGUCGGGAAUGAUUCGGGGAACUCAAGGUCAUGUAGAGGGAAUCACUGAGAUUGUUCUUCAUCCAACUGAGCAAUUUCUGUUCUCUGGGACUGUUGAUGGAAAAAUUUUUGCUAGCAGGCUUGAAUUUGGAUUGGAUAACUGCAUUACCAUUAAAGAAAGCCAAUUAUUUGCAUCAACAGGACACAAGGGAGCUAUUACUGCUCUGGCCUUCAGUCAAAUGGAUCUAGUUUCUGCAUCCGAGGAUUGCACAGUCUGCAUAUGGGACAUCGAUAGUCAGAGGAUCAUUCAAAAGCUUGACCACAAGAAAGGGAGAAUAACCAACUUGGUAGCAGUUCCACGGUCGUCGCUGCUGAUCUCUACGUCAAACCGUAAGAGAGUCUUGAAACAGUUCGACAAGUAUCCCCAGCCAGCCAACUUGUCGACGAGCACAAUACCUCUCUUUCCCUCUUCCCGACCCCUCGGGGAGAAUCCAAAUCUCGUCGGAUUCACAAGUGCCGGUUCACUGAAUCAGCAAAUAUUUGAUAUGAAGACAGAAGGGACAUCAGCAGCAAUACAGAUGAAAGUCGAUACACGUUUACAAAGCCGAAUGUGGGCGUCUAGAAUGACGAAGCAAGUUAUGGAGAUGAACAACCAUCUUCAAUCAAAGUUGCUUGACAUGAUGCAGACUCGUUUGUUCCCGAAGAAACGAAAAGAUCAAAGAGAUCGAGUCGCUCGGACUAGGGAGAAGCAUCCAUUGUCAUUCCAUUGAUCUUUAGAUGAUCUUAGGGACCGGCUGUAAGUGAUAAACCUUUUUGUUCUUUUUCUGGGUCUGUUCCUUAGUUUCAUGUUUGCUAAAUUUCCAUUUCUAGAUUUGUUCUACCUAUUGCUGCUUUGAAGUUUGGUCUAACUUCUUUAAGAAAUAUGGUUUUAAUAAAAUGGUUCAUUAUUUUA